UCGUCCGUCUGCAGCACUCUCAUAUCCGAUUCAGUUCCAGCCCAGUCACUGCUGCUACAUCCUGCCGCUGCCAGAAUCUCCUCCGCCCCUUUCGCCUGAGCCCGAGCCCGAACGACGAUCUCAUCUUUGACCUGACUUGUCCUUCCAAAUCCUGCAGUCGACUCUGACGACGGCCUACCUACCACCUUGGUCUGUCCGAGUAGCGUGCUUCCGAUUGAGCCUCUUCGUUCCUACGCCUCUUCGUACACCUUCUACUGUCACCCUCUCUUUUUCUCUUCCCCUCCUCUCUCCUUCUCCCGACACCACCUCUUUCCAAAGACAGUCGGCCAGCAACACCGACGAACAGCGCGAGGAACCGAUGCUCGUGAUCCCGCCUUUGUCAGCCCAAUCCCGUGUGCUGCUCCCACACUACCAAUCUCUUCUGCAACGGGCCCCCGCAGCCGCCCUCUCGACCUCCUCAUCCUGAGGGCACCGCCGGCGCUUCUCGACACUCAACAACCCUCCCCCCGAUUCGUCUUCGUCAUCUGGACUUGUUUUCUCCCUCUCUCUUCCAGUCUCUGUGUCUUUCUGACUGCCGCUCACGGCUGCAACCUCCGCUACCGUUGCUUCACCUCUGCUACGACGUGCUGCUGCGCACCAUCCUCCCCUCCUUGCUUCUGAUCUGGCCCACGACCAACCAACACCAGCCAUGAAUUUCGACUCGGGCACCGCCUACGCAGAGUCGGACGCCGACGACGAAUAUGAGCGCAGUCUUGGACCCAACUCGCCCGUUGCCGACGACGAGGCAUCCCCAAUCGACUCCGAGCUUCCCUCUUCCAGCGAGCACACGCCCACCACCUACGGCCACCGCAGCAGCGCCGACCGUUUGCCCGAGACUAUCAUCUCCGAGUGGACCGCCGACGAGUGCGCCGACUUCAUUAGCACUAUCGGCCUUGCCCAAUAUGCCGAUAGCUUUGUUGAGAACGAGAUAGUCGGCGAGGCCCUGGUCGCGUUGCAACAUGACGACCUCAAGUCCAUGGGCAUUGCCAGUGUUGGUCAUCGCCUCACAAUUCUGAAGAGCGUCUACGAUGUGAAGAAGGCUCAGGAUAUCCCUAUAGAGAGCGACCACUAUGUGCCCUUAUCCGCCGACGCCGAAGCUCAGUAUGCGACAGCAACCCUCAAGGACAUCAAACAUCUGGUCGAGCAGCUUCGUCUGCGAGACGAGCGGAUGAGCCUGGUGGAAAAGGAUCUGCGUCGGCUUUCGGAAGACUUCAGACGCUUGCGCGAGGACAUGCUACCUGCCCUGCGCCUGGCUAAGGACUCGUCACAACCACUACCCAAUGUCUCCAACAACAACAACCAGAAUUACGGUUACGAGACUGUUUCACCCCCGGCCCCGACGCCGUCGUCUACCCAGUCGAUGAGCCUGCAGCGCCAGUAUUCCACUAAGAGGAUCAUGCUGGGAACGACGCCCAAAAACAGCUCGCCAUCACAUCUGCAAACAACCCAUGAGAGGUCCAUGGAACAGACGCUGGACCCUUCCAACGCUGCAGAGCGAGCUGUCUUGUCGUCAUCACAUCUGGCAGCCAUGAACGGCUCGGGCACGGCUACCUCACCCGGUUAUCCGUCUCCGAACAUGCCCUCGCCGACAUCUCCUCCUACACAUGGUGGCGCAACUCUGGGCUCCCGAUCGUAUCGCUCUGACCGCUCAGAAGCACCCACUCCUUCUUCACGAUCGACAUUUGCCGAGAACGACCACGGAUACAAAGGCCGCGAACAGGCCACGGCGCCGAAGCGCGGGCCGACCCCCGCCCCCGAUACCCCGAGUACGAGCAACGCGUCCGUCGAGAUCUUCAAAUCGUUCCGAGUCAGCAUGGACGACCCAUGCUACAAAGUCCUGCCCGCGGCUCUCAAAAAGUACCAGAUCAAUGCACCUUGGGACCAAUACGCCCUCUACAUUGUCUAUGGUGACCAGGAGCGCUGCUUAGGACUGGAAGAGAAGCCUCUCAUUCUGUUCAAACAGCUGGACAAGGAGGGCAAGAAACCCAUGUUCAUGUUGCGGAAGACUAACAACGCACAAGUCGAUCCGUCAUCAGAACAACCUGGGAGCGCGGGGCUUGGAGCCAGAGGCGCGACAACGGGCUAUGAUCCGCCCGGCGGUAUUAUUUAGGGGGUGAUACCGCUACUGAUCAUACUCGAAGCUCACCCUCCCCCGAUUUAACUUAUUUUUCCAACCGAUUCAUUUGAGUGGACACCAGCCGCAUGUUAGAUGCGGGGUUGGACAGCUUGACUGGACCUGACCACACACCGGAGUUGGAGUUCACCUGCAUAGCGCUGCGCGGAAGAGACACACGUCUACUUUGGAAUACUGUCGCGGAAACAAAGUGUGGAUUCGAUUGGGCAGGAGGUGUUUUUUUCUCCACGGUGUUUCGUCUCGCAUUUGUUCCUGGACUGUCCGAACUCGAAACGCGGAUCCGAGCAAUAUCUGUUUCUUUUUUUUUGUUUUUGUACGAGCUUCAAGAACUCGAAUCAACAGGACACCAGGGCCAUGAUCCGUCGCGAUGAAGGCAUCCUCCUGCGAGCCUGUUAAGGGUCUAUUGCUGUUGUGGCUCUGGGGUCCGGCUUGGGCUUACGCUGGGUGUAAGCGGGACUUAGAGGAUGAGCAUGGUACCUGUCUGUCAUGGUGUAUGUUGAUGUGGUUUGAUCCCGCGUAGAGCGGUCGUGUAAGCAACACUUGGAAGGAGGCGAGUGAUUUUCUGGGUAUUUGGGCGGCGGCAUCUGCUCGUGCGACCAAAGGGGUCGCGGAAGCUAUCAAAAGGGGCUAUUCACAAUUUCUUACAUGAACCUCUCGCCGUUUUUUGUUUGAUGCAGACGAUUCAAC